GUUGGUGGAGUAAAAGAAGAAUAUGUAAACAAUUGUAGAUAAAACAAUAGUUUUAUUGUGUAAAUAUUAAUUACUGAUUAUAAUAAUAUAUCGAUUAUAAUUCUACAUUUACAGGUACAAGGGAUCAGCGGUUAGAAACACCGGUGUUAAUGAUGAACUGUAAGAAGGUUCACCACAUGAAACAAGCUGGUGUGUGUAAUUAUGGAACCAUUCAGAAUAAAUGUGAAUUGAAGAAACCAGUGGGUGAUUGGUGUGUACCUGAAAACAUCAUAUGGAACAUAAAGAUGAAAACAUUCAGAGAGAAGCUGAAGCAGGCUGCGAAUCAGGACUUCCACGACCCGUCUCGAUGCAGAGCGUGCACAGAGAAACAAGCCGACCUCGCUCUCGAUUCUUUCAUUAGAAAGAAAACUACUCAGCUUCAGAAUCGUCUGCUAGAGGAAAAAAUCCAGACUCAUCUACAAAAUCAUGAGUCAGUUCAGCUGAUUGCAGAGACACUGAGGGAUUUACCCAAACCUUCAGAUAACCACCAGGAAAUAUGGAACAAACUGCAGUUAAAAUCACAAAAUUCACACACAAAUAAAUAAAUAAAAAAGUUUCAUAAA